AUGUCUGACCAGGCGCAACCAUACCUGAUUUCAGUUCCCGAUCACGACCUCGAAGGGCUCAAGCAGCGCUUAACAUGGGCCAGAUUUCCAUCUCAGCUUCAGUCGGCUGACCAGGACCCCUGGGAUUUUGGAGUACCAGUCAAUGAAGUACAACGACUCGUGAACUACUGGAAGGAUGGUUUCGACUGGCGGAGGGCAGAAUCCCAGAUGAACGAGCUCCCUAAUUUCCAUACUGACAUCGAGGUUGAGGGAUUCGGCGUAUUGAAUAUCCAUUUUGUCCAUCAGAUCAGUCCAGUAAAGGACGCCAUACCGCUACUAUUCAGUCAUGGAUGGCCUGGAUCGUUUAUAGAGGUGACGAAGCUUUUGUCCAAGCUCAAGAGCGAGAAGGGACAGCCAGCAUUCCAUGUUGUGGCUCCCUCGCUUCCUAAUUUUGGAUUCUCCUCCGGCGUCACUCGCCGCGGAUUCGGCCUUGGGCAGUACGCGGAGGUUUUGCACAAGCUCAUGCUGAAGCUUGGUUACAAUCAAUACGUCACCCAAGGCGGAGACUGGGGCUUUUGGGUCACUCGAAGUAUUGGCCUUCUGUACCCUGAGCAUUGCAAAGCUUCCCACGUGAACAUGAUCGCUGCUCGGCCGCCUCGGUGGAGUAGCAGCCCAUUUCUAGCUCUGCAGCAUGCAAUGACGCCAUAUACCACUCGCGAGAGGGAAGGGCGCAAGCGAUCUGAAUGGUUUGACCAAGAGGGAUAUGGAUACAAUAUGCUCCAAAGCACAAAGCCGCAGACUAUUGGUGUCGCACUCGCAGAUAGCCCAGUCGCCUUGUUAGCCUGGAUUUACGAGAAGCUCCAUGACUGGACGGACUCCUACCCCUGGACCGAUGAUGAGAUUUUAACUUGGGUCUCGAUUUACUGGUUUUCGAAAGCAGGACCGGAUGCCAGCGUCCGCAUCUACUGUGAAGCUUUGCAUGCCGGGUCAGUCUCCGGGAUCACAUACGAUCAGCUGAGGUCCUACAUACCUAAUGUGAAGCUUGGCCUUGUUCAUCUCCCUCGGGAGAUUACGGUUGUCCCUUCCACAUGGGCUGCCGCGUUAGGCCCAGUGGUCCGGCAGAGCGAACAUCCACACGGGGGUCAUUUCGCGGCGUGGGAGGUUCCGAAUGUCCUUGCAGAAGAUCUUUGGGCCAUGUUCGGCAAAAAGGGUCCUUGUUUUGGGGUGAUCCCUGGAAGGAAUGGUUAUUGA